AUGUCAGCAAUCAGAGUUUUGAUGUUGGAGAUGAAGACAAGGCCACUGGCUCAGCGCCGCUUCAGAAUGUGGGCCUCCUAUCUAUUGAUGUCCUCCUGCACGCGAAAUGUCUGUUUCGGGUUCUGCUACCCAGUUCCGAUUUCCCAAAGAAUCGCACCAUUCCACCAUACAGCGCCGCAUAAUCCUCUGGCAACAUGGAAGACACUGCUGCGCGUGCGAAAGCGCACCAACCUUCGUCGCCGACGAAGGCCUGGGAUGAAACAGAAGCAGAAGAGAAGCCGGAAGCUGAGGCUCGCCGACUCAAAUCCCUAGCAGAGCAAAAGCUCAAGUCUUCGUCCCUCAAAUCUGCUCUCAAGUAUGCCAGACGAGCCCAACAUUUAUGGCCUGAACUGGACGGCAUCUCGACCAUGAUCAUGGCCAUUAAGGUCCUCCGCGCAUUCCCCACCGAUCACUACAAGAUUCUCCACGUCGAACCCUUUUCCCAUAUCAACGCCAUCAAGAAGCAAUACAAAGCUCUCGCCCUCGUCCUCCAUCCUGACAAGGCAGGAUCCCCCAUCCCCGCAGCCGAAGACGCUUUCAAGCGCGUCGCCGACUCCUUUCGCUUUCUGUCCGAUCGCUCCCGCAAGCGGGAUUAUGACACCAGCCUCCGCCUUGCACUUGCCGACGCCAGUAGUCGCCCAGCGGUAGAGACGUUCUGGACUGCGUGCUUGACUUGCCGCCUCUUGCAUGAGUUCGAUCGAAGGUACAUUGGUUACCGCCUUGUUUGCCCUAAUUGUCGCAAAAGCUUUCGUGCUGUGGAGGUGCCAUCGGAUGGCAAUGGCGGGGACAAGGAAGAAAUGGAGGCUAUGGUCAGGCCUAGAGUUACGGCUGCUCGGUCGAGGACGAAGUCAAGACCUAGGGUUCCGGCCGGGUGGGAGACCUCUGAUAAAAAGAAAAGGCCGGUUGUUUCUUCCUUCCCCGAUUUACAGAGUUGUAAGCAGAAUAAGGAGGAAACAUUGGCGGAAAUGCAAAUGGAACUCAUCAGGACCAAGGAUAAAGGAAAAACGAAGGUGGAAGAGGACUUAAGCCUGAUGGCUGUGGAGGAUUCUGACUUUUAUGAUUUUGACAAUGACAGGACUGAGAAGUGUUUCGCCAACGGUCAAAUUUGGGCAAUUUAUGACGACGACGAUGGGAUGCCGAGGCAUUAUGGACUGAUUGAUGAAGUUAUGUCUUCCAGCCCAUUUAGAGUGAAGAUGUGCUGGUUAGAUGCACUGGUUGAUGGGGAUGAAUCGCUGUUGCUUUGGGAGAAGUCUGGACGUCACAUUUCUUUUGGGAGGUUUAAGAUUGGUAGAAAGGUUGAAAUGGAUUCAGUAAACUUGUUCUCACAUAUAGUGGAAAGUGAAAAGGCGGCCAAGGAACUUUUCAGGAUUUAUCCCAAGAAAGGUUCAGUUUGGGCACUUUAUGGCGAGAUGAAUUAUGGGAGAGAGCAGAGGUCCUAUGAUAUCGCAGUUUUCCUUACUUCUUAUAGCGAGAUGUUUGGUUUGAGCAUGGGAUAUCUUGAGAAGGUUGAAGGGUACAAGACGAUAUUCAAGAGGACGCAGAUUGGUCCCCAUGCUGUUAGAUGGCUUGAAAAGGAUGAUAUUAUGCUGUUUUCCCAUCAAAUUCCAGCACGGAAACUUGCAGAAACUGAUGGGUUGAAUCUUCCUGGAGAUUGCUGGGAACUUGAUCCAGCUUCACUUCCUGCUGACUUGCUUCAAAUUGUCCGGCCAAGAAUCUGCUUGACAACCAUGGACAUUGUAAUAAGCCAAGAAUGGGCUCCGAAAAUCCAUCCCUAGAGGAUCGAAUAUGCAAUGUGUAGGAGGAAAAAAUCUAAAUCCUUCAAUUAUUGGAGGCGGCUGGCCAAUAGACCGCGAUAUAUUGGAACUUGCCAGCCACAAAAUCAACAUUAUAAAGAGAUGGACAAUUUUAAGAUGCCCAAGGAGGAUACCCUUGUCGUCAUAUUGUAGUUUCUCCUCCACCACAAUCUCUAACCUAGAACUUAUUGACACUGUUAGUUCAACUCAUUCUUCUCGUGUUAGCUCAACCAAUGUGGAAUCCUCCACUAGCCUUAGUGGACUUUACGUGAUCUCGUCUUAUGGAUACUUCUUGUGCUAUUAUACGAGAUAAAUUAUAAUGUCUUAUUUAAAAAAAAAAAUUAUAAAGGAUACCUAGUUUAUUGGAGUCCUUAUAAUAGAUGAAAUUCUUUGGCAUCCCAUUUCAGUGGGGUUCAAGCUGCUUGUUAUUGACCUAUUGAAUGGACUUAAUCUCUUUUUUAUGUGAUGGGCCCUACUCAAAGGUUUGAUAGUUUCCAUCCAUAUUUGACAAGCUACAAACUUCUUAAUUAUUGGAGAUAAAUAGUAUAAAAGACUAUUUAUGGAAAUAUUUUUGAAGUGUCUUCCACUAUUGGAGGCCAAUUAUGCUCUUUGAGAAGCCCAUUUAGGAAUUUGUACAGUACAAUUGGGCGGCAGUGCAUCCACUCAUAAAACCUUAGGAUAUGGAUUCUACUUGCUUACAAUAAAACACAAUGUAUUAGAUUUUCUUCAAAAAUACAAGAACUGUCAAAUGAAUUAUAAUCUCACUCAUGUUCCACUAAUAUAAGUUUUCUCUCUCCAAGGCCCUUUCCCCUUUGCUCAGGGAGGGAUUGACAUCGUCUUACUUUUUCUCAUAGCCCUUGGAUAAUGGAAGUUCAUUAUUCUGAUUGCUGGAUACAUCACAAAUUGGGUGAAAGCUGUGCCACUCGCAAAAAAAAAAUUAAGCAAAUGUGAAGCAGUUUGUAUAGAAGAAUAUUAUUUAUUGCUUAAGCCUUCCCACAAAAAUUAUCUAUGUUGAAAUCCAAUGCACUGGAAAUAUGUUUACAUCUUUUGCAAAGAUAUUCGUAGUAAAUUGGUUAACACAACUGUCACACAUUCUGAAAUAUAUAGACAAAUAGGAGUAACUAUGAAUCAUUCUCAAAGGAUUAGAGACAUGCCUUGAAAAGGCUGAGAGCCAAUGGGCUGAAGUAGAGGUGUCAAUUUCAGGUCACGGGUCGGGUUCGGUUCGACUCACGGGAGAGGGCAGUGGUCGCCGGCGGUGCAGGAAACGAGGGGCAGACGCCAGACGGCGACGUGACUAGCGCAGGCGGCGACGUGACUCAGGCAGGCAACGCGCAUCAUGCGGGCAGGCGACCGCGAUGCGAAUCCGUCUCGGGCAGGCUACGCGCAGUCACAUGGCCAGGCAACCGCGACGCAACUCCGUCUCGGGCAGGCAAAGUGGGGCAUCCGGGGCAGUUUCCGGGUAAUUUCUGGGUUUCCGGGUCAACUCAAACCCGACCCGAUUUUGCAAACAGGUUGAUUUUCUGGACCUGAAUCGACCCUCUUCGGGUUCGGGUCAACCCAAACCCGAAAUUUUCAGGUCGGGUCCAAUAUUGACACCCCUAGGCUGAAGAGCUUUUCAAUACACUUUCGGCUUAUACCAUGACAGUAAGAAUCAAAAUAGAAGAAGUACCUCAUAAUCUAUAUUUUGGCACAUACAGGAUCUAAACUUUUGCUGUGGCCAGUAAUGAGGACAAUCUCUGUUAUUAUCUUAACCUUCUUCUAAAACACCUGAUGCAACUUCAUUCAAAAGUUCUUCCUAUCCACCAACAAGUAGCUUGUCACUUUAAUCAAAGGGUAAAACCCCUAUCUAUAUAUGUUGGAGAUAUAUGCUUCAUUUGUGAAGAUUUUUUUAUUGCUUCUUAAAGUAGCUUUAUAGUAUAAAAAUUUAAAAUUUUUGUACGAGAAAGCUGCUUUAAGGAGCAGUAAGAAAGUCAUCCCAAAUGAAGUCAUAAUCUUACAAAGCCUUGAAGUUAUUGGGAGGUAUCUCAACAUAAUCAACCUUUUUGGGAGGGAACUUAUGUGGUGGUUGCCAUUGUCAAGCCUAGAACAUUCAAACUUAAUGAUUCAAAUGGGAAUAUUCUACCUCAAACUUGGAAUGCUCAAAUUCAGAGGUAUUAUCAAUAACCCCUAGUAAGCAUCAUAUACAGUUCCUAGUUAGAUUUCUACAACAUUGGUAAUGUCAUGUUAGACCCGAAAGAGCAUUAUCAGUCUAAAGAUUGAUCAAUCUUCAGCUUUGAUUUGGGAUAUGCUUGGUAUUCGGCUCACCCGAAGCAAAGUACAAUCGAUAUCUGAGGGAUUCAAUUCAACAUCUUCUACAUAGAUUACUAUCAUCGAAUAAUAUUCUGACAAGCAACAUCGGAUUGGUAAAUUAUUAUUGUUGAAUUUCUUUCAACAUCUUCCAUCAUAGGUUAAGGUUUUAGCAACAUUGCAUAUAGGAGUAAAUUUAUUAAAAUUAUAAUAUUCAUGAGCUGAGCAUAAAAUGUCAUUUUUUAUUUAUAUAUAAAUAAAUAAAAUACUUUCAUAAGCAUCUAUACUACCACCAGUGGUUGAAGCAUUUUUCGCAUCAUCUUCUAUAUUUAAAAAGUUUCCUCAGAUGCUUGACUUGGUGAUCUUCAAUGUUUGUUCAUGUCCUACUAUACACCAAUCGAGUUCCUUUUAAAAAACCUUGAAAGAAACCUUCUUCAAGGCAUUGAUGUUUUAAACACUUCAUCUCCACAUUCUAUAUAUGUUCACAAGCCUUUUGAAGUGAUAUUGAAUCAUGCUCUUACAGGCCUUUUUUUCUUAUAAUUUUUUUGUCUUUAAGUGCAAUAAUCUAGCUUUAACCUUAGCCUCUAAUAAAGUUUCCUUUGAUAGCUCAGCUUUUUUUUUCUCGUCAAGAGUAUCUAUCUUCGCUUUAAUAGUUUUCAAACUCUUUAUUUCCUUACUAAUUUUCACUCGUGUAUCCACCAAUCAUCUUGGGUCCGAUCGAUCUUUGGCACUACGAAGAAAGAGAAAUAUCUAUAAUUGAUACCUUGAUUGUACAUUCUGUCGACCGAUCUUCUAAGGCUAUCACAUCUUUAGCAGUAGCAUUAUACCUCUAUUUAUAUUCUCUUUGAAUAUAUUAAGAGUAAAAGCUCAAAAUAGUACUCUUACUAUUAAUAAAUGCCUAAUUUUGUUCCAUAGUUUCACAUAGUCCUAAUUUAAUCCCUCAACUAUUGAAAAUUUGAUCCAAUUUAAUCUCAUGGCCUAAAAUAUGAGUUAAAUUUAACUCCAAAGUUAAAUAUGAGGGUAUUUAAGGUAGUGUAAGUGUAUGUGAGAUUAUAUUGUUUAUUUUGCUAUAUGUUAUCAUUUAAUAAAUUAUAAUUCAUAUAAAUAUUUGAAUGAAAGUUAAUCUACUAAAUAAUAAAAAUGAAUAACUAGUAAAAAAUUAUAUUUUUUAAAACAAGCAAAUGGUUCCUAACAUUACAACUUAUUUUUAUCUUGCUAAACAAAUAAUUCCUAAGAAUAAAAAGAUCAAAAUCAUAUGAAUGGGGAUAUUAGGAAGAUAAGCAAAUCUAUCAUUAACUCUGUCUCCUUGUGGAUGUCACACCUUGCUCAACAUCGCCAUCUCUAGAUGUUUAAGAGCAUUAUGGUUGCUCGCGGUUGCCGCAGCAGCACAUCUCCCAAUGUUCAUCCCCAUGGGAUUAUACUAAAAUGAUAACAUGUCGCCUCGC